AUGGGCGCGGCUAUCGCGCAACCAGCCGGGGACGGCUGUAACCGAAAGGCGGGCGCGCGCAAGCGGGCCGUCGUUCUAAGCCAUGGCGGCCCCUGGGUUCGUCGCGCGCAGUCUCUCGGUCGCCUGUGGUGGCCGCUCCUCCCGCUCUUGCUCUUCGUCAUGAUUAUCACACACGGCCAGCUUCUCGCAUUCCUCUUCCUCCGCAUUCCCCCGCACCCCAUCUCCGCAUCCUCCGCUGCGUCUUCCGAUUCUUCCGUCUCCGCCGCAGCCGCUGGGCUCAUCCUCUCUGUCCGUCAAGGCCUCUCGGCGUUCUCGUCCUUCUCCUCCGCAGCCGCAGCCGCAGCUGCCGGCGCCGGCGGAAUCGCGUGGUCGUUCGCGGUGGUUCUUAUCCGCGGCGUGUGCGAGCCGAUAGCAGCGCUACUGCUGCUCGAUUCGCUACUGCUCACGCUCUCCGGUCUCGUGCUCUGGCACAGGGCGCGGCGGCAAGAGCGCCUGCAGACAGCAGCCGCAAUCCACGCCAGAGCUAAUAAGAGAGCUACUAACGGGGUAGCUAGCGCGGAUGUUGGUAGUGGUGACGUGUGGGAGGAGAGUGGUAACAGCAUGGCGGUUAACUUGGGCGUCGCUGCGUCCGCCGGGUGCGACUGGGACGGCGCCGCCGCGUCCGCCGCGUCCGGCGGCGCGCUCCCCGCGACGUCCACGUGGCCGUCCGUGCUGGUGCAGCUGCCGAUGUACAACGAACGCGAGGUGUACGCGCGGGCGAUCGCCGCGGCUUGUAAUCUGGAAUGGCCGCGGGGGCGGCUCGUGGUGCAGGUGCUAGACGACAGCACGGACGAGGAGAUUUCGCGCGGAAUGUGCGCGGAGGUUGCGCGGUGGCGGAGCAAGCUGAGGUGCGGGGGCGCGAGCAAGGGCGCGCGGAACAGCUUCGGCGGAAGCAUCGACGUGCGGUACCGCCACCGCACGGACCGCGCGGGGUACAAGGCGGGGAAUCUCCGCGAGGGACUGACGGAACCGUACGCGCGCGCAUGCGCGUUCGUCGCGAUUCUCGACGCGGAUUUCGAGCCUUCCCCCGACUGGCUCCUCCGCUCCGUCGCGCCGCUCGCGCGCGACCCGCAGCUUGCGCUCGUGCAGACGCGCUGGGCGUUCAGUAACGAGUCGGAGUGCCUACUAACGCGUCUGCAGGCCGUGGAGCUCAAGUGGCACUUCUUAGCGGAGCAGCUGUUCAGCUCAUCCGCGUUACAGUGCUUCGGCUUCAACGGCACCGCGGGCGUGUGGCGCACAGCGGCAAUCGCGGACGCGGGGAGCUGGCGCGACGAUACGACCGUCGAGGAUAUGGAUAUCGCGGUUUGCUCCGCGGCGAAGGGAUGGCGCAUGCGGCUCGAGCCCACCGUGGAAUGCGCGAGCGAGGUCCCCGCAGGUUACGGCGCGUACAGGAAGCAGCAGCACCGGUGGACGAGCGGCCCCGCGAAUCUCCUGCGCCUGCGCGGCGGGGUCGUACUUACCGCGGAGCGGUCCGCGCUAAGCUGGCCCGCCAAGCUGUACUUUGUGGGGAUCUACAUGUUUCUUCGCCGGGCUGCCCGUCACUUGAUAGGAAUCUCCUUCUGGCUCUUCGUCCUGCCCGCGUAUCUCUUCUCCUCCGCGCUCCCGUCCGCCUUUUCCUCCGCCUCCGCUUCCGCCUCCGCGUUCCCCUUCCCCUGGGCAAUGGCGGCGCUAGUGCUUGUAUACCCACUCUGCCUGUUCGCAUUCUCCCCCUCGAAGCUCCGCCUGCUGCCUGCGUACUUCCUGUUCCUCGGCGCGCUUCUCCCGCUGCGCGCAUAUGCCACGGUGGCAGGGCUGCUCAACCUAUCCAGCUCGCACACGUGGGACGUGACUCAGAAGCUGGGCCGGCGCGGCGCGGGCGGCGCGAAAGGAGAGGAGGAGGCGCAUGGGGAUGUGGAGGCCGUUCCUCUGCCUCUUCGCCAAUUCCCACCUGCUCCCACCCCCCACCGCGUCGGCUCCUCUCUCCGUCCGCCUGCUACCACCGCGCAACCCAUGGCUCAACCCAUGCCUCAGAGCAUGAACCAGGGCGUAAACCACGCUGUGACUCACGGCGUGAACCAGGGGAUGGGCCAGCCAGGCAUGAAUCAGGGCGCGAGUCAAGGCGGAAUGGGUCAGCCGAUGGGCCAGGGCAUGGGUCCUGGUCCUGGGGGUAUGCUCCAGCCCGGGCCUGUGAUGCAGUAUAUGCAGCAGCCGAACAGCAACCCCAUGCCCGUGCAGUCACCCGCUCAGCCAGCAGCGCAGUCGCAGAUCGUGUGCACGGGGUGCCGCACGCUGCUCGUCUACCCCAACAACGCCUCCAACGUCCGCUGUGCACUCUGUCGCACGCUGCUCAUGUACGUGAGGGGCGCCACUAGCGUGCAGUGCUCCUGCUGCCACACCGUCAACCUCUCCUCUGACCCAAACCACGUGGCGCACAUCAACUGUGGGGGCUGUGGCAUGACGCUCGUAUACGCCAUGGGUGCACGCAGCGUCAAGUGCGCCGUGUGCCAGUUUGUCACCCAAGUCAUGGUGCCUCCAGCAAACAUACAGCCAUUACAGCAGCAGCAGCAGCAGCAGAUGCAAUCGCAGCAACAGCAGCAACAACAGCAACAGCAGUUCACACAGCAGCAACAGCAAGUGCAG